CUGUCUACUGGCUGAGCUAAACAAUGUUGCAGAACUCUUUUUUAGACAUCUAUAAAUAUAAGAAGCCCCAGAAGAAGAAGCACAAACUGAGUAUUUCAAAAUAUGAAAAUUAUGGAAAAACAAAUCCGGAGUUCGUUCUCUUCUAACCGGGACUGUUUCGACAUGUGGCACGACUACAUGAACCUGGGCAGGCUGCUGGAGAGGCUGUGUGCAAACCAAGAGGAGGGCCACAGAGGCACCGAGGGGCCACAGACAGACAGAGUAGCACCGUGUCGGCAGGAGGAGUGCACGAGCCCGACAGGGACUGGUUCAGUCAGCAGCCUGUCGGACACGAGCUGCGGCGGCGGGACUUCCUCCACGGAUUACUGCCGCUUCUGCAAGCAGAACGGAGAGACUGUACGUGUUUACCGCUCCCACAGACUGAAGGCGGAGGAUGGCAAAGUCAGCUGCCCCAUCCUCCGGAGCUACACGUGCCCAAUUUGUGAGGCAACCGGGGACCACGCGCACACACGCCGCUACUGCCCGCGCGCGCAGGGGAAAGAGGCACUGCGGAUCAGAGAGUUCCGCUUCUGGUAACCAACUAAGAGACUGAGGACGAGUCUGUAUAUAAUUACCAUGUGUUCAUGUUUACAUAGACUUUGUUUUCUGGGUUCUCAAAGUGUACACACACUGUUAUAAGAUAAAUGUUGUGCGUUGUGUUGGCGUUAAAAGGAUGUAGGUUACAAAGGUGUCGAGAUUCUACUGCAGAUUUAAUUAACCUAGUUUUGAUCCCCAUCUCUCAAACGUUAAAAAACACAAAUGUCCAAAAAAAAAACUGUUAAAACAUUUUUUUUUUGGAACUGGCUUCUGUUAUAUGCUGUAACUAUCAACAA